AUGGCGGCGGAAGAUGCGUGCUUCGACGAAGAGCUUCUUUUUACCGAAUUUGAGGCAGAAAAGGAAACAAAAAGACCAUCAGAAGAGAGGAAUGAUUGCCCUGGUAAAACGCCUUGGAACACGUUACUACAAGAAAACAUACGGUUGAAGAAUGCUUUGAAAUCUUUGAUCGGUGUGUGGAAGUUGAACUGUGCCACUACAGCUGAACACCAAGAUAGGUAUUCUCCUUUAUUUCAAGGGAUUUUUUUCGAUAACAAGUCUUCGAUUAGAUCCAGAGAAAAGGUCGAAGAAUUCAUUCAAACUAUACUACGACGAACCGACGAUUUUAAUGAGGGAGAGUCGUUUGGAAGCCAAAAUUUUCCAGCUUCCGUCUUUGAUACAAAUUAUGAAGUGGGCAAGUUAGCUGAGGACAAGGGUUAUAGCCAACCUUUUUCCAUCAUUAGUUCUUUGCAGUACUACGAUGAAUAUUGUAUAGACUGCAGUGGGCUGCCGUUAGUUGAUCUAAAUCCUCAGAUCAGUGAUGGUUGGACAAUUCCUCAAUACGAACAAGUUUAUUUUCGAGUUUUGGCUCCAGAUGAAACACCAAAAUUGAAGCUGAAAAGUCGGAGUUGUUGUUUCAAUUGUGGAAAUCCUGGACAUUCUCUCCAAGACUGCCCUGAGACACAUGAUUUGCAAAGAAUCAAUGCAAACAGGCGAGAAUUCCACAAUAAGUUUGCUUCACCAGUGAACUUAAGAACUAGAUACCAUCUUGAUGAUUCAGCAAUGAAACGCUUUGGAAGGUUCAAACCAGGGUUGAUUACUGAUGAGCUAAGGGAAGCACUCGGAAUCACAGAGCAAGAUUUGCCACCAUACAUUUACCGAAUGAGACAUUUGGGUUAUCCACCAGGGUAUUUACCAAAGACUGUGAAACCAAGUUUGCUUAUUUAUGAUGGAGAUGGCAGCAUAAAUGAUUACAUUGAGGAGGAAGAUGAACACGAGAAUGAAGAACACUUUAGAAGUUCUUUCAUUGAAUACCCAGGAUUCAAUAUUCCCUUACCAGAAGGUGUUAGAGACAGUUGUGCUGAGGUGGGAGCUCCUCCAAUGCUGCCUCAUCAGCAGAUUGACAAUUUAGUGGCCAAGUAUGUGCACAUGAGAGGAAUGUCAUCAAACUCUGCUGCUUUAGGCAGUGACAGGAAACGAAAAAGAGUGGAACUGGAUCGGGAAGAGCAGGACAUGGAUGUUGAGGAAGAUGGUGAAACAAAUGCUUCCUUAGUGCUGGGCUCAACAGUCCUUCCACAUAAUCCUGCUGCCACCAAAAGAACAAAGUAUGAUGACAUGCAAGAAGAUGUUGUUGUUGACAGCAGUGGUGGCUACUCUCCCUCUCACCCUGGUGUUCAGUAUGGAACACAAGAACAGGAACUUCUUCAGCAAUACAGGAAACACUCUGCAAGCAAACCCACUCCUUCCACCUCAAAGGAACUACACCCAGAAGCAAGUAGUGCCACUAAUAAAGCCAAACCUCAGAAAAUAAGAAGGAAGGUCCGGAGGAGUGUGGAAGAAGGAGAGGUUGUCUCUGAUGAGGAGGGGGAGCUUGAAGACGUGGACGAGAGUGAGAUGGAGGAGACAGAAGAGGAAGUUGCAGAUGAUUACCCCUAGGUGACACCUGGCUGGUGGCUAAGAGAACCUUUAGAUUCUGUGUUGGCAACAACACAGCCCAAGCUGUCUCCUCCCCCUAAACCAUCUGUGCAGCUGCCUUUGGAUGCACUUUCAAGAUUUUACACCAACAGCACUGUGUUGCAGAAAAUGAGUUUUGAGGACAGAGUAAUGUGGCUGGAUCCAAUAUAUGGCAACCUUCAACCAGUAUCAGGGCGAUAUGACAGACUCAGGAAACUUCUUGGAAAGACAAAUACUGCAAAAUAAAUCUGUGAACAGACUUCAUGCCAGGUAUGGGAAGUAAGAGGCACUUUUUACUCACCAACGUUUUAUAGACAGUCGUUAUUAUCUGGUGAUUAAAAAUUGACUUUCCUCUUGUUUGAGGAAUUUUAAAUUCUUAGCUCAAUUUUAGUUCUAGGACUUUUUAUAUCCAGUGGAAUUGAAAUGUCAAAAUAUUGUGGCACUUUAAUGGUUUUCAUUACCCAACCAGUUUUGAGAGCAUGGGCUAUUUUACUAAUCUUGUAGUCAGCAGGCUGUCAUGUAUACGUCACGUCAAACUCCUUAGAACAGAAAGUCGUCCCUUGAAGUUUUUAAAUUUUACUCAGUGAAAGAGGAAUUUGUAUAACCAAACAAGUUGGGCUCUUAGAUUAAACGGACAACAAUCUCAUA